AUGCGUCUCCUCUCAACCCUAACAUCCUUCCUCGCUCUCGCAGCGGCACCCCUCGUCUCCGCCUUCACAAACCCCAUCCGCCGUCCCGGCGGCUCCGACCCGUUCCUGACCUAUUCGGGUGACGGCUACUACUACCUCCUCUCCACGACCUGGUCCACCGUCGAAAUCGCCCGCUCCACCACCAUCGAAGGGCUCAAGACCGCCACCAAGAAAGUCGUCUACUCCUCCGCCGACGCCUCGCGAUGCUGCAACGUCUGGGCGCCCGAGGUCCACUGGCUGGGCAACCGGUGGUAUAUCUACUUCACGGCGGGCGGGAGCGCGAAUUUGGAUAAUCAGAGGAUGCAUGUUCUGAGGGGCGGCACAACCCCCUGGGACGCCUACACCUACGUAGGCCGCAUCGGCCCCGACGAAUGGGCCAUCGACGCCUCCGUCCUCCGCACCCCCUCCCUAGGCGAAUACCUCGUCUUCUCCUGCUUCCACGGCGCAACCUACCAAUCCAUCUGCAUUCAAAAGCUCAAUACGGACUACGUCUCCACCUCCGGCUCCGUCGCCCUCAUCUCCCAGCCCACCCAAUCCUGGGAACGCGUCUCCCACCCCGUAAACGAAGGCCCCGCGGCGCUCUACUUUGGCGGGAAGACCUACCUCGCGUACUCGGCUUCGUACUGCUGGUCCGCGUCGUAUUGUCUGGGUUUGUUGACCUGGGACGGGAGCAGGGCGCCGACGGACCCCGCGGCGUGGACGAAGGGGAAUGGGUGUGUGCUGAGUAGUGGGAAUGGGCAUUAUGGAACGGGGCAUAAUAGCUUCUUUGCGAGCCCGAAGGGGGAUCAGACGUGGAUUGCGUACCAUGCUACUGCGAAUAGUGCGGGCGCGUGCGAUGAUAGUCGGUAUACCAUGGUGCAGAUGCUCGGGACGCAUAGUAACGGCUCGCCUAACUUUGGGACGCCUGUUGCUUUUAGUUAUGCGUAUGGUGAGCCGUCCAAGUGA